GCUCGAGCAUCUUUGAUGUCGAACGCUACCGAAGCGAUGAAGUAUAAAGACGCAUUGAAAUCGUGUCGGUAGUGAAUCAAAAUACCGUUACCCGCACUUCUUCAGCCCUAGACGACCUUAUAUCCCUAUUUUACCAUCACCACCCACUACAUAUCUUUAGAAAAUGACUGGGAAGGCAGAACAGAACGUCGUUAUCGUAGGCGGUGGAUUCGCUGGAUUCCAGGUCGCCAAGCAGCUCAGCAAGAAAUUGGACGCGAAAAGAUACAAUCUCAUUCUUGUCAACUCCCGUUCUUACGCCAUUUCCCUCCCUGCAACCGUCCGUCUUGUCGUUGACGCAGAGUCGAAGUUCGAAGAAACCUCAUUCGUCAAGCUUGACAGAAUUUACGCGAAUGGAAACGGCGAGACGAAGGUCGGUGUCGUGACCAGCAUUGAGGCAACACCAGGUGUCCCUGGUGGUGCCGUGGUACUUGCUAGCGGGGAGCGCAUAUCAUAUGCAGUGCUCGUUUUGGCUACUGGCUCGAAAUGGACUGGUCCCUCUGCCAUCCCAGAGAACGAGGCUGAUGUCCUGCCAUUUGUCAAUGGAUGGCGCCAGAAGUUUGCCAAAGCGAACCACGUUUUGAUCGUUGGCGGAGGUGCUGUUGGUAUCGAGUUGGCUGGUGAAGUGAAGGAUCUUUACCCGACCAAGAAGGUCACCAUUGUUCACGGUGGUGCCCAGCUUCUCAAUGCUACUUAUGGCAACUCGCUCCGUAAGGGAAUGGAAAAACGCCUUCGCGCUCGUGGCGUUCAGUUUAUGUUCGGUGAUCACAUCGAUGACAUUCCAGAAGCGGGUGUUGUUGGUGUCACUACUCGCAGUGGAAAAGUCAUUUCGGAUGCCGACUUAGUGGUAUCCGCUCGUGGCGGACGCCCCAACACCGAUUACGUGACUUCCCUUGGUGAAGACGCUUUGAAUGGAAGCGGCUUCGUCAAGAUCCAUCCGACGAUGCAACUACUCGCUCACCCAUCCAUUUUUGCUGUGGGCGAUAUCAUCGACCGGGUGGAGCAAAAGCAGGCCGCCAAACUCGGUUGGCAUGUUCCCGUUGCCGUCGCGAACAUCAUAAGCUUCCUGAACGGAGUCACCCCGACGAAGCAGUAUGCAGGUGCCCCUGAGAUGAUUGUGAUCACGAAUGGAAAGAAUGGCGGCAUGGGCUAUUUCGGAUUCUUCGGAGGGUUUACGCUGGGUGACUGGUUUGCCUGGCUGGUCAAGUCGAGAGAUUUCAUGGUUUCAAACUUCAGGAAGGAUCUGGGUUACUAAGGAGUCGUUGAACUUUUACAUAGCUGAAAAUCUUCUAACUUGACUGUUGUAUCUUACCUCGCUUAUGUUUUUAUAAUUGUAGAAUCUAGAUUACGAGCCCAAGCUGGCUGUGAAAAAACUGCAGGGUUAUCUGAUGCAUCCAUGACGAUCAAGAUAGUCAACAAAGAUGGCCCAUCAACUAGUUGAUAUUAUGAUGGGAUGAUUUGAUGUUUCAAAACGGCCUGUAAGG